GAUAUUUUCAAUUUGAAAAAAACCAUCAAAAUCAACCCGUUUGAGUUAAAUCAGUUGGGUUCACUCGGGGUGCAAUGGUUUUAUUCAAUUUUUUUUCUCCCCUUCCUUUCAGAUACUGAAUCAUAAACGGGCUUACAAAAGAAGUACUUAGAUGUAAUUUAACCACAAAUUGAACCCUAGUAAUUAACGGCAAUCCUUAAACCUUCCUGAACGUACUUACUAAAAGAAGAAAAAAUGGAAAGCUUUGCUGCGUUUUCAAUGUCCAGAAACAAAGUCGCCAACGAUUACGUUUUCUUUUUGGUCUUCAAAUUUGAGCCUUGACGUAGUAUCCGGGUGAUUCAAAUAUAUAUUUUGAUUGGAUAGGAGGAGAUGGGGUAUGUCAUUUCCCCUCAGAACUGUCUAGGUGAGAUUUGCCAUUUUCAUGGUUUGCAAUGGGGUUUCAAACAAGCUGGUCCAGAUAACCGUUCGGAAAGAGAGGCGGUGUCUUUAUGGUGCAGAGGACUACACAGAAGUGUUUGUAUUGACCGAGAUGAAUUUGAUCAAGAUGAAUGGAGGAGGAGUUCAGAAGAUGGUAAGAUGUUAAUUAAUGGAAAAUUCGAAGAGAAAAUGGUUCCAAAAAAGAUUCGGGAUUCUUUGAUGACAGCUUUAGAUGGACCUUUUGUUAGAAACGAUGAGGAAACCAACAACAAUGUUCUUCAAAAGCUCUGCAGAAAUGGAAAACUGAAAAGUGCGUUACGGUUGAUAGAAGUUAUGGCAUGUAAGAAUCAAAUUCCUCAUUUCCCUUCUUGCAUAAACUUAAUAAGGGGAUUUCUAAAACUGGAUGAACUUGAUAAAGCUGCCAAAAUUCUUCAAGUUAUGAUAAUGUCUGGUGGGGUUCCUGACAAUAUUACGUAUAACAUGAUGGUUCGCGAUCUUUGUAAGAGAGGAUGGAUAAGAUCUGCUAUUGACCUUCUGGAAGACAUGAGCUUGAGUGGUUGCCCUCCGGAUGUGACAACAUACAAUACGAUAAUCCGCUGCAUGUUCGACAAAGGGAAUUUUGAUCAGGCUGUUGGGUUCUGGAAGAAUCAACUGAGAAAGGGAUGCCCGCCAUACCUAAUUACAUAUACCAUUCUCGUUGAGCUAGUCUGCAAGCACUGUGGAACUUUGCAAGCAAUGGAAGUAUUACAUGAUAUGGCAAUUGAAGGCUGUUAUCCGGACAUUGUUACCUACAAUUCGCUGGUUAGUUUUAAUUGUAAGCAGGGGAAAUACGAGGAUGCUGCUUUGGUCAUAUAUAAUAUUUUAUCUCAAGGCAUGGAGCCUAAUGUUAUAACAUAUAAUACCCUUAUCCAUUCUCUUUGUAAUCAUGGGAGUUGGGACGAAGUCGAUGAGAUACUUGCUAUCAUGAAGGAAACUUCUCAUCCUCCAACUGUCUUUACUUACAAUAUAUUGAUCAAUGGUUUGUGUAAAUAUGGACUUUUGGAUCGAGCCAUCAACUUGUUUAAUCAAAUGUUGUCUCAAAAUUGCUCUCCGAACAUCGUUACCCAUAAUAUUCUUCUUGGAGCUCUUUCGAAAGAAGGAAUGGUAGAGGAGGCUCUUCAGUUAUUUCAAUUUUUAAGUAGGAGCAGCUGCUCCCCUGGUUUGGUAACUUAUAACACUCUGAUAGAUGGCUUGGCUAGAAAUGGUGAUAUUGAGAAAGCAAUGGGAUUAUAUGAUCAGAUGUUAGGAGAUGGGAUCAAUCCUGAUGACAUAACUCAUCGAUGUUUAGUACGAGGAUUUUGCCGUGCAGAUCAAGUUGAAGGAGCAGUAGAGAUACUAAAGGUGAUGGCGGAGAGGAAACACGCAGUUGGAAAUAGUGGUUAUAAAAUGGUGAUCCAUAGGCUAUGUAAAAAUGAGAAGAUAGAUUUGGCAAUACAAGUUCUAGAAAUGAUGGUCUUAAGUCAGAAUAAACCAGAAGAGACAACUUAUUUGACAAUAAUCAAAGGUAUAGCUGAUGCCGGAAUGAAACAAGAAGCUACCAAGUUGUAUCAAAAGUUGAUGGCAUGGAGGGUUUUCAGAGAAAGGGCAGUGUAGGGUUAAAGAUUUUGUGAACUUGAUAGCCAAUAUUUUGAGGUGAGAGCUUUUCCAAUGCACUUCUGUUUGAACUUACUUUCAUUUAAUAGCUUAAAGCUCAGUAAUCUCUUUUUAGCUUGUGGUUAAUGUGGUAGGCUAUUUACACCAAUGAAUUAGUACAAUUACAAUAAUUUCUCUUUACUGGCUUUUGAGCUUUUGCUUCAUCUUUUUUUACUUAGUUUUCUACUUGAAGUUGAACAUAAAUAAACAGUUUAGUUAGUUUGCUGAUUAUUAACUACUAUAAUACUUUGAUA